AUUCCCUGUGGGAGUGCAGAGCAGCGUGUGGAGGGCCAGUGUCACGGGGAUGCCCAGGGUGGCAUUGUUGGGGUGUCUGUGCAGGGCCAGGAGCUGCACUGGAUGAUUCCCGUGGGUCCCUCCAGCUCAGGAGGUUCUGUGACUCCUGCACACCCUGAGGUGCCACUGGACCUGCCUCACAGCUCCUGUUUCCCCUUGGGAUGCUCCUGUUUCUCCCAGGGCUUGCUGUCACCUGCUCCAGGUGCUCAGGUUAUUCCCCCUGGAGCUCUCUCUGGCUCACCUGAGCCAAGGACAUGUCACCUGGGAGGUGGCAGCCGCCUGCUGCUCGUCACCCCCAGCUCACAGCAGUGUGAGCUCAUCCUGCUCUUGCUGUGGUUGUGCCACACGCCCCCGUCACCCCGAGUGCACAGCCAGGGCUGUUCUGUCACCUGCUGUCCCAGGAGGGGUGUCAGCAGCAGCCACAGGGUCACUGGUGCGGGCUGGGAGGGGGCUGUGGGUGGCAGCUGUGUGGGGACAGUGGCUGCUGGGGGACUGGAGCCGCAGCAGGUGAGGGACAGGAGAGGAGCAGGACAGGCAGCAAAGCCUCUGAGUCAGGAGGGGACACUCACAGAAUGGCCCUGGGGACCCACGGUGCCUUUGGACACACCCACAGCUGCCAACAGCCAGCUAAUUAAUAAACUCAGGAAGGGGCUCAUCAGCCCUGAGGAAGAUCAAACGGAUGAUCACAUCCCUCAGCCUCGCUGCACAGCACGGAGCCCUCUGCUGCUGCCCAGCCCUGCUGGGGCUGCCUGCACCAAGUCCCCAACCAGCACCAGCCCUGUCACUGGGGUGCUGUCCGGGACAGGGGACAUCUCCCCGUGUGCCACAUCCCCGUGUGCCACCCGCCUCACCUGCGAGUGGCUCUGCCAGUGCUUUGCUGCUGCCUUGGGGACAAGCCAGUGCUCAGCGUGUCCCAGCUCUGCUCCUCCAAGGAGCCUUCCCCAUAAUGCUGGCCAGGAAGAAAUCCUGCAGCAGUGCCAUCAUCGGGGCGCUGGUGGCACUCUCCAUCAUUGCCCUGGUUCUCAGCCUGGUCAGGGUUGAAGACGUGACGCUGCCACCCACGGUCAAGUAUGGGAUGGUGUUUGAUGCGGGCUCAUCCCACACCUCUCUGUUUGUCUACGAGUGGGAUUCAGACAAGGAGAACAACACUGGAGUGGUCAGCCAGACCUUGUCCUGUGAUGUCCAGGGGCAAGGCAUAUCAAGCUAUGCCAGCAAUCCCCCUGAAGCUGGCAAUUCCCUCAGGGAGUGCUUGGAUAAAGCCCUGCAGGUUAUUCCUGCUCAGAAGCAGAGGGAUGUCCCAGCUUAUCUUGGAGCAACGGCUGGCAUGAGGCUACUGAGAGAACAGAACAGCUCAGCAACAGAGCAAAUCCUGGCUGAGGUUGUUAAAACCAUGCAGCAGUACCCUGUGGCUUUCAAAGGGGCUCGGAUCCUUACAGGAGAGGAAGAGGGGGCCUAUGGCUGGAUCACUAUCAACUACCUGCUGGACUCCUUCACCAAGUACUCUCCCAAAGCGCACACGUGGCUUCAUCCGGAGGCAGCCAACAUUUUUGGAGCACUGGAUCUUGGAGGAGCAUCCACUCAAAUCACCUUUAUGCCCGAAGGUUCGGUACUGAACCAGAAUGAAGCCUCUGAGUUCUCCCUGUACGGGUACAGCUACAACAUCUACACUCACAGCUACCUCUGCUACGGGCAGGACGAGAUGCUGAAGCGGCUGGCGAAGGAAUUAAUUGUGGAGUCGUCGCCCAGCACACGAGUCCACCACCCCUGCUACCCAGAGGGCUACAAGGAGUCCGUGUCGCUGUCCUCCUUCCGCGCCAGCCCCUGCACGGACGGCAGCGACCCGCGCCUGCCCCUGGGCGACAGCACCGUCACCCUGGAGGGCAGGGGCAGCGCCAGCGCCUGCCUGGCAGCGCUCAGGAAGCUCUUCAACUUCUCGGCGUGUGCCCAGAGCCAGGAGUGCCCCUUUGACGGCGUUUCCCAGCCCCCUCUCCGGGGGCAGUUCAUUGCUUUCUCUGCCUUCUACUAUAACUUCAAGUUCCUGAACCUGACGGAGGGGCAGCCACUGGCCGUGGUCAGAGCGGCCAUCGAGGGGCUCUGCACAAGGAGCUGGGAGGAUCUGUCUUCCAGCUACCCCAAAGAGAAUCCCAAGCGACUGCCAAAAUACUGUGCCAACGCCAACUACAUCCUCACACUCCUCCUCGAUGCCUACAAGUUCAACGAGACCAGCUGGAACAACAUCUUCUUCCAGAUGAAGGCGGGGGGUGCCGAUGUGGGCUGGACACUGGGGUACAUGCUGAACCUCACCAACAUGGUCCCGGCCGAGGCUCCAGCCACGCUGAAGGGCCACAGGUCUUCCCUGUGGGCUGCAGCCGUCACCUUCAUCAUCCUCACCCUCGUCUUGGGGCUCGCUGCCCUGCUCCUGCAGCUGUGGGAGUAGGAGCCUGGCCGUGUUUGGGAGCCCAGCAGGGACAGACUGGGGCUGCAGGGCUGUGCUGGAGUCCCCAUGCUCCUGCCUGUGGAACUGAGCCCAGCACUGGGCCUGUGCUGCUGAGCAUAGUCACCUCCAGCUCCAGAGAACUGGGGUCUGCUUUUCCAUGGGCCUGGCCCCCAACAUGCAGACAGGUACUCUCUGAGGUUUCCAGAGAGACACAAUGGGAUCACCCUGCAGAAGCCUCAGCCAAGCCUGUGUGCCUCCUGACAGUGCUCUGCGUGUUACAGACGUGGCUCCAUCCCACCAGCUGGCCCUGGAGCUCUGGAGGGGCCAGCCUGGCCAUGGGACAGUGCCCUGGUGCCAGCCUGGUGGGGCAUGGUGCAGGCACCUGGGGACAGGGUGCUCCAUGGAAUGCCAGCUCUGAGCAUGGUCACCAAGAGCCAGGUGGGUCCCUGCCAGGUCUGCCAGCCUGAGGGAUGCUCUGUGGGACCCCAGCUGGCCCUGUGGAGGGUCUGUGGCUGGGGCUUGGAGAGAUUGUCUUGGAGAAAGAACAUUGAGCACCCACAGUCAGAAGUGUGGUCCAUGGCCUUCCAGAGAGUCCAUCUCAUCAUCUCAUCACUGUGUUAUGGCAUGUCCUGUCAUCUCAUCUCACAUCUCACCACCCAUCUCAUCCUCUUCCUUUGCACCCGGAAUAAAGGGAUUGAGGUUCCUCAGUGCCUCCCUGGAGACAGCAAUGUCCCACCAGCAGAAGGCCUGGACCCCAUGGGUGUCAGGAUGAGGCUCCAGCAGGCUGUGAGUCCUGCCCUGCAUGUGGCUGAGCUGGGUCCUGCCCAUGGCCUCUGCCUUUGGUUCUGCUCGUUUUAGCUGCUCUGUGGAUGAUUCAUGCUGCUGUUUGCAUUCCCACAGUGAGGAGCACACCUUUGGUGUCCCUGUGGAAUGCUGGGCACC